AUGUCGAGCCCAGACUCCCAUACUAUGUUUCCUCCGGGGACAAUCAAACUUGAAGAACGGCAGGGACUGGCGUCGCGAUUCAAGUUGAGUCCCACUCCCUCUGAUGAUCCGGACGACCCUUUGAACUGGUCCCCGUUGAGGAAGGCCGUGAAUUUUGGGCUCACUUGCUCGUAUGUCCUCUUCACCUUUGUCCUCGUGGAUAUCAAUAGCUUGGCCUAUCGAGGCUACAUGUCCGAGCUGGGUUUGACCUACGCGACCUUCAACCAGGCGAGUGGGUCGAAUUUCGCCGGGCUCGCCUUUGGAUGCCUCUUGUUUAUCCCCUGUGUGCACAAGUUUGGCCGGCGUCCCAUUUACCUGCUCAGUGCAAUGGUGCAGCUGUCUUGUGCAAUCUGGUGGGCCAACUUCCACAAGGCCGGGGAACUCAUCGGAGUCAGUCUGCUGGCUGGACUCGCUGGCUCUAUCAGCGAGGCCGUGGUCAUGAUCACUAUUGUCGACCUCUUCUUUGUCCAUCAACAUGCUCGGAUGAACGGCAUCUUUCUGUUUAUGCAGAGCCUGGGGUCCACGGGUGGCCCGAUCGCGGCCGGGUAUAUUAUCGUCUCGAUGGGCUGGCGAUGGAUGUGGUGGAUGAUCGCCAUCUUCCUUGGCGUCAACUUCCUCUUCGUGCUGUUCUUCUUCGAGGAGUCCAAAUACAUUCCCCUCGUGGUCGGCCAUGCCGAGUCUUCUGAUCAUGACCAAGAAGGUGAACCGAGAUAUGACGAUGACCAGAAGACAGGGGAGCCGUCUACCGUCCGAGUGGCUACUCGUUCCACGGCAGAUCCCCGUCGCAGACGUAAGUCGAUUCGGCAACGCCUGGCCUUCGUCACCCGGACGGACAUGCCAGUGGUCCAGCACUUUUACCAGCCGCUGCUCAUUCUCUUCUCCUUCCCCGCCGUCGCUUACACGGCCAUCACAUACGGCACCAUCCUGGCCUGGUUUUCUGCCAACGCUUCGUCUGGCUCUUACUUCCUUUUGGACGAACCGUACCAGUUUGGCCCGUCUGCAGUUGGCCUGUUCCACCUCGGUGGAUUUUUGGGCACCUUCAUCGCGACUUUGACGGUUCCAGCCCUGAACGACGGGCUCAUUGUUCGAGCAGCCAAGCAAAAUGGAGGCAUCUUCGAGCCAGAGAUGCGUCUUUGGAUGAGCAUUCCCGGGGCUCUCCUGAACUGCGCCGGGUUGCUGAUGUAUGGGGUUGGACUAGGCAAAGGUAUGCAUUGGGCUCUGCUGGCUGUGGGUCAAGGGAUAUAUGGUUUCGGGUUUAUUACCACUGCCGAUGUGGCGCUGACAUAUCUUACUGACUGCUAUCCCGAUAUACUUGGGGAUGCGUUGAUUGCCAUUGUCUUCAUCCGCAAUGGGUUUGCCAUGGUGGUUCGCUUUGCCUUCACCCCUUGGAUCACCGGCAUGGGAAUCGAGAAUACAUUUGUUCUCAUCAGCAUGCUGGCCCUGGUCACCGUGGCCUUGCCGAUUCUAUUGAUGAUUUAUGGUAAACGAGCCCGGGCAAAGACAGCCGACAAGUACCGGAAAUAUGCUACACGACAGCCAGAAGAAGCAAAGGUUGCAAAACCUGUCGUAAACGACGUGUCAAAUGCGGUUUGGCUCACCCUGCGCGGCGUCCCAGGAUCUCACACUAACGGCAUCCAAGACGAGGCAAAGCCGCACUGCGAUCGGUGCACCAAAGGAGGCUACCGAUGCGAUGGCUACGUCGCAUUUGCUGAAUUUCAUGAUGAGACCAAGCGAUUUACCCGGAGGGGGCCCGGGGCUGAGACCUCCCUGGUCAGAUUAAGAUCCCCCCAGGACGAGAAUACCAGACCCCGAUGGAUCAUCGCCCCCACCAGAGACGACGACAAUAUCUUCACCACGCAUCUCGUCCACAAGAUAUUCAACCAACACGACGCGGAAGCCAUUCACCUGGCGUCUACCAUCUCGUUCCACCUGAGCCAGCCCGACGCAAACACGGCGAGCGACAAAGCUCUGGUCCUAUCAAAAACUUCGCUCCGUGCACUCUCCACAGCCUACUUUGGCCAAGUGCACCACCACGCCGACCUGCUCCACAGGGGAUCGAGAUGGUAUUCGGACGCGUUGAAAGAGUUGCAACUCCAGCUCUACCAUCCAGAACAUGCUCUCCGAGAAGAUCUGCUCGUGGUGAUUAUCUAUCUAGCCAUGUAUGAGUCCAUUGCGUUUACCGUGCCAAAUGCCUGGAUGCAGCAUUACAAGGGUCUGGCGCGAUUGACUGCCUUCCGCGGGCCCCAGAGACAUACGCAUGGGGUGGGGUUUGCGUUGUACCCAACAUUGAGGCAGAACAUUGCUAUAGCGCAUAUUGCGAGUCGCAAACGAUGUUUUCUGGAGGAGCCACAAUGGAAGACGAUUCCGUGGGCUGAGAAGCCCGAGUCCAAGACGUUGAUAGAUUGUCUCCAUGAUAUCAUGUGUGAUGUCCCCGGUCUGUUGGAAGCUGUUGAUUCGUUCCUAGCGGGAGGGGAUGAGACGGCGAGAACCGGACUGUGCCAGAAGGCUCUGGCCAUGCUGGACGAGCUGUAUGUCUGGCGAUGGACAUGGCAGGAUACGUUUCCUGGUGCCUCCUUUCCUGUUUCUGCGGAUCUGAAUAUGCAAGGCUCUCCACCUCGAUUUACAUCUGCUCCCCGCCCAUUCGAAACAGUCCUCUGGUUUCAUGAUUUCUCCCGUGCGCAAGAGGUGUGUAUGUAUGACUCAACGCUGCUCCUGGUGCUGAAGAUGUGCGAGUUUCUCCAUUGCCAUCCCGAGCCUAGUUGGAAAGAAAGCAUCAGCGACCCUCUCCUCCCAACUCAAGGGACGAGACGGGAUAUUGCGAUUGAGAUCCUCCGGAUGGUAGAUUACCAUCUGGACUGUCUCCAGGGAAGUGUCGGGGCAUUGAUGCUUAUUUUUCCGUUGAACGUGGCACGGCGGAAUUUGGAGUUGGAUGCUGAGAUCGCUUGGUUAGAUCAGGUCAUGGCACAGAUUGCUGAUACGCACGGGUUUGAGAUGGGCCGGGCUCAUAAUGUACAGUAUAAAACAGAAUGA